CGCCUGUGUACGCGGGAGGCGUGCACACAUCGAGCGACCCAGACGGGCCUGUGAGCAAACCCUGUUCCUGUGGCGUCUCUGGCGUAGGAGGAAGUGAGGACCUGCUUGUGUAGCACAGUUUUUCUUUCCCUGCAGACACUGCUGUCAGCACAUCCGCUUGCAGCAUGAACCCCACAGCGGAGGCUCCUCUGGAGGAAACGGGCCCCGAGGACAGCGGGGCCACGGCGGCCUGUGCGAUCCUGGGCCUGUGCUUCCUGCUCGGCGCUCCGGGCAACCUGCUGGUGAUCUGGACCAUCCUGCGGCACGUCAGGAAGCGCUCCCACACCGUGGUGCUCAUCCUGCACCUGGCCGCCGCGGACCUGCUGGUGGUGGUGACGCUGCCGCUGUGGAUCUACUCGCUGGCGCGCUCCUGGGUGUUCGGGGAGACGUCCUGUAAGGCCAUGGUGUUCGUCAUCAACGCCUGCAUGUACAGCAGCGUUUUCCUGCUCACGCUCAUGAGCGUGGAGCGCUUCGUGGCCGUGCGUUACCCGUUCGCCUCCGCCGACUGGAAGAGGAAGAAGGCUCUGAAUAAAGUCCUGCUGGUUCUGUGGACCGCGGCGUUCCUCUUCAGCAUCCCCGUCAUUCCCACACAGGUCGUGGAGGAUAAUGCGGGUGAGGACCGCUGCCUGUCCCGCCUCUACACCUCUGUGAGCCAGGAGCUGGUGUGCGUGCUGCUGGAGACGCUGGUGGGCUACGUCCUCCCCUUCUCCAUCCUGGCGGUCUGCUACGGAUGCCUGUGCAGCCGGAUCACUCAGAUGACCUUCAAGUCCAAGCGCAAGUCCACGGUUCUGAUCGCCAGCGUGGUGGUGGCGUUUGCCAUUUGUUGGACGCCCCAUCACAUCGGAAAUCUGCUCUCCCUCGUGUGCCUGGCCAUGGAAGACUCCUACCCCGCUACAGCGCACAGCCUGGAGGAUGUCAGGAACACCAUGGCCUUCAUCGCAGGGGCCAUGGUCUUCAUCAGCAGCACGCUCAACCCCAUCCUCUACAUGUUUGCAGCCCGUUCCUUCCGCAGCUCCCUCGUCGACACCGGCAUCAAGAAGCUCUUCCAUCACAUCUCCAGCACGUCCCCAGGUGAGGGAAACAGGGAGCCGUCCUUCGUGUCCAAAAGACAGAACAACAACCAGACCAGCAGCUCUCAGUGUGUGUCGGAGUCAAAGGACCAAAUGGACAUAUUAAUGAAUAUGUGUGGCGAUAAUUCAUCCUGAUCCUGGUGUGAGUUGAGUGUGUGGCUGUAAAUAUCCAUGUUUAUAUUAAGAAAUGAGCGUCCAAUUAUAACACAGUCAGACUUUAUGUGUGCAAUACUCUGUAAAUUUAAAUGUGUGUUUUAAUUGUGAUCACAUAUUUAUACAUGUUGUGAAAACCAUUCGUUUUCAGAGGAGAACAAUAAAUAACUAAGCUGCAUCUCA